AGACGAAUCAAGAACACAAGCCGACGACACGGCCGCAGACAAUUAUUCUCGAGAUCACCACGGAUGGAUCAGGACACGGCGAAGCCUUCUCCCCCUGUUCUCCUUCCCAGGAGCCUCUCCGCCGCCGUCACCUACUGCUGCGGGGCGUGCGGGUACGACCUGAAGCUGAGCUCGAACGCGCGGGAGUACACGGCGGACGGCAUCGUCGGGCGAGGCAGGGCGGCGACGGUGGCGUUCGGCGCCAUCGACGACGACCGGUUCGGCCACCUGGACGAGUUCCGGUGCCUCGACGUCCGCGCGCGCCGCCUCUUCGCGCGCCGGACCAGGCUCCUCUGCCGCAAGUGCGGCGCGCACCUCGGCUUCGGCUACGACGACACCGCCGCCGCCCGCAGGCCGCCACGGUACCUCAUCAAGAUCCGCGCACUCCACCCGGCCUCCUCCGACUCCGAUGGUGGCGCCCACGUGGCUCCACGGCAGCCGUCCGAUGAAUGACGACGCGCCGUUGGACGCCGCGUGAGACCUGUUGUUAUCAACCGGAUCUUUGCUUCUGGUUGGUUGCCGCCCCUCCUGCAGCCUUCUUCUUGUGCAGCUUCCUCUGUCUCUUUUGUGAUUUUUGUUGUCUUCUUGCCUUGCUUUUUCUUUCUCUUCACGCGUUGCCCUGUCGCUCUCGAGGCGGUUCUUUCAAGUCCCUCGGUCGAUCGCGUGAGUCUGAAGAAAUGUACAAACAGAUUGAUUAUUGGUUGAUUGAUGGGCAUCAUUUUCUUUACGUCUUUCCUUCUCUAUUAAAUAAUGAAGGGAAAUUAUACGUC